CUUUGUCCCCUGUCCUCUCCCACACGAACUGCAAGAUGAUGGGAACCUCCAAAGGGAUCCCGCUGUGGAUCCUACCUCUGCUUUUGAGUCCGUUAAAUGCUCAGCUGUUCUCCGACUAUGAUCAAUCACAGGGAUUGUCUGGUGGUGAAAGUUAUGACUACAAGAUUCAUGAAACCAUCCAGAAUGAGGAGACACUUGGGAAUGGACCUGCAAAGAUAUCCAUAAUCCCAGCUGUGCACCCAACGCCGGUAGUUAAAGUUGUCAACACCGCUCACAAUAACAAAGUAUGCAGCACCUGGGGAAACUUCAACUUCAAGAAUUUUGAUGGUGAUAUAUUCCAUUUCCCGGGGAUCUGCAACUAUGUUUACGCUUCCCAUUGCAAAAGCGAUUAUGAAGACUUCAACAUCCAGAUUCAACGCACCGUUACCAACAGUAUCCCAGAGAUCAGCAAAAUCACCAUGAAGAUCAACGGGGUGGCGAUACAGCUCAGUCAGAAUUCUGUGAUAGUUGAUGGCGCAGGAGUGCAAUUGCCCUAUAGUGGUUCCGGUGUCCAGAUUGAGAAGAAAGGCAUUUAUCUUAAAAUCACAUCCAAACUUCGUUUGGUGCUAAUGUGGAAUGAUGAUAACAGUCUCCUGCUGGAGCUGGAUGAAAAGUAUGCUAACCAGACCUGUGGAUUGUGUGGAGACUACAAUGGCAUGUCUAUCAACAAUGAAUUCAUUAAUCACGGCGUCCGCAUCACAGAAACUCAGUUUGGAAACCUCCAGAGACUAGAUGGUCCCACAGAACAGUGCCAAGAUGUACAACCAAUAGCAAAAAGCAACUGUACAGACUUUGAGAACAUCUGUGAGAAAAUAUUACUGGGCUCAGCCUUUGCAAACUGUCACUCCAAGGUGGCUGUUGAACCCUACAUUGAAGCCUGUGCGCAGGAUCUGUGCCGCUGUGAUAGCAGUGUGGCUUCCCUCUGUUUGUGUAACACCUUCGCUGAGUACUCGAGGCAGUGCGCCCACGCCGGGGGUCAGCCCACUAACUGGAGAACAAACGAUUUUUGCCCCCAGAAGUGCCCUUUUAACAUGGAAUACCGAGAAUGUGACUUUCCUUGCGCUGACACAUGUACCAACCAAGAAAGAGCAGCUGUUUGUAAAGAGCAUUGUCUGGAAGGAUGUUACUGCCCUAAAGGAACUGUCUUUGAUGACAUCAACAACUCCGGCUGUAUUCCUGUGGAUAUGUGCCCCUGUACAGUUCGGGGAGAGAUAUACACUUCUGGUGCCUCAUAUUCUACCCCAUGCAGUACCUGUUCAUGUUCUUCAGGGAAGUGGAACUGUAAGGACUUGCCUUGUCCCUCAACCUGCUCUGUAGAAGGAGGCUCUCACAUUACAACCUAUGAUCAGACCCAUUACAGCAUCCAUGGUGACUGUAACUAUGUACUGACCAAGACAUGCCAUGGUGGAGAUUAUACAGUUGUUACUGAACUUCGCAAAUGUGGUUUAACUGAAAGUGAGAUCUGUUUGAAGAGCAUUAUGAUCCUGCUCAAUGGAGGAGAAACAAUGGUUGUGAUCAAGCCCUGUGGCAGUGUGUAUGUGAAUAAUGUCUACACCCAGCUGCCAUUAUCUACAGCAAGCGUCACCAUCUUCAAACCUAGCUCUUUCUACAUUAUUGUCCAUACACAGUUGGGACUACAGGUGGUUGCUCAGCUCACUCCCUUCAUGCAGGUCUAUGCAGUACUGGACCCAGUCUUCAAAACUAAGACAUGUGGUCUUUGUGGAAACUUCAAUGACAAGCAAAGUGAUGAUUUCCAAACCAUAAGUGGAGCGAUAGAAGGAACUGGAGCAUCGUUUGCCAACUCAUGGAAGAUCCAAGCAAGUUGUACAGACAUCAAGAAUAUCUAUGAAGAUCCAUGUUCCAUCAGUGUGGAAAAUGAACAAUACGCUUCACACUGGUGUGAUCACAUAUCUGACCGGAAUGGGCUUUUUGCUGCAUGCCACUCAACAGUGAACCCAGAAAUGUACAAAAAGAACUGUAUGUAUGACACCUGCAACUGUCAGAAGAGUGAAGAUUGUAUGUGUGCCGCCCUCUCCUCUUACAGCCGGGCAUGCGCAUCCAAAGGUGUCAUAUUAAAAGGAUGGCAAGCAGGAACCCCAUGCACUAAAUAUACCAAAUACUGCCCCAAAACACUAACCUACAAUGACUCCAUAAGCGCCUGCCAGCCAACCUGCCGCUCUCGCUUUGUUGCCGACCCCACCUGCAACAUCAAGUUCCCACUUGUAGACGGGUGCCGCUGCACUCAGGGCUUCUACAUGGAUGAUAGCGGCAAAUGUGUUCCUGAAGCUGCCUGCCCCUGCUAUUACAAGGAAAGCCCCAUACCUUCUGGAGAAGUGGUUCAUGACAAUGGAAUACAAUGUUCUUGCACUCAAGGGCAGUUGAGCUGUAUUGGAUCUGCUAAGCCAGAAUGUGCUGCUCCAAUGGUUUAUUUUGACUGUAAGAAUGUAACAGAGGACACAAUAGGAUCCGAAUGUCAGAAGAGUUGCCAGACAUUGGAUAUGGAAUGUUACAGAACAAAAUGUGUCUCUGGUUGUGUCUGUCCUGGUGACCUUGUGUCAGAUGGAAAAGGAGGCUGCAUUAAAGAAGACCAAUGCCCAUGUGUCCACAAUGAAGCCACUUAUCGGCCUGGAGAUAAAAUUAAAGAGAAAUGCAAUACCUGUACGUGCAAAAACCGAAAGUGGCAAUGUACGAACGAGCCAUGUCUAGGGACCUGUGCUGUGUAUGGAGAUGGACAUUAUAUCACUUUUGAUGGCAAGCGAUACAGCUUUAAUGGAGACUGUGAAUAUAUUCUUGCUCAGGAUCAUUGCAGUAAAUCUGAGCUGAGUGGCAGCUCUUUCCGAGUCAUUACUGAGAACGUCCCAUGUGGAACGACUGGCACAACCUGUUCUAAAGCAAUCAAGGUCUUUCUAGGGAGCUUUGAACUUGUUCUCACAAAUGAGCAUUUUGAUGUAAUGAGAAGAGAAUCUGGAGCUAAGGUGCCAUAUAAGAUCCGACACAUGGGUAUCUAUCUUGUCAUUGAGUCUGACAGUGGUCUGAUCCUACUGUGGGAUAAGAAGACGGGCAUCUUCAUCAAGCUCAGUAAAGACUUUGAGGGUAAAGUCUGUGGUCUGUGCGGUAAUUAUGAUGGAAAUGGAAACAAUGACUUCACUACUAGGAGCUUGUCUGUAGUAGGAGAUCCUCUGGAAUUUGGCAACAGUUGGAAACUCAACCCAACGUGUCCUGAUGUCACUCCAACCAGGGAUCCUUGUUCUGCCAAUCCCUACAGAAAAUCAUGGGCACAAAAGCAAUGCAGUAUCAUCAACGGCAAGGCCUUUUCUGACUGCCAUUCUCAGCUUGACCCAUCUGGGUAUUAUGAUGCCUGUGUUACCGACUCCUGCGCUUGUGACAGCGGUGGAGACUGUGAGUGCAUGUGUGAUGCAAUUGCAGCCUAUGCUCUUGCCUGUAGUGAAGCUGGCAUAUGCGUUUCCUGGAGGACCCCAAGUAUCUGUCCUAUCUUCUGUGACUACUACAACUCAGACGGUGAAUGUGAAUGGCAUUACAAGCCAUGUGAGCACAGCUGCAAAAAGACCUGUAGAAACCCCACUGGAAAAUGCCUUUAUGAUCUUCCUGCUAUGGAAGGAUGUUAUCCCAGCUGCUCAGCAGAAAAGCCCUUUUUUGAUGAAGACGCAAUGGAUUGUGUACCCCAGUGUGGUUGCUAUGAUGAUGAAGGAAAUCACUACCCACGAGGAGCCGAAAUUCCGAGCAAGGAAAAUUGCCAGACCUGUGUAUGCAGCAUGUCUUCCCAUACUGAAUGCAAGUAUGAUAACUCAGCUUGCUACUGCAUGUACAACGGCACCAAAUACCAUUACGAUGAUGUGAUUUAUAACACACGGGAUAACACCGGCGGGUGUCUGAGUGCCAUUUGUAAGGAAAAUGGAACAAUCCUGAGAGAUACUUUGUGUUCCACAACAACUCCUACAACUACAUUUGUUUUUACCAAAACAACACCAAAAACUGCCACUGCUACCACUACUACCAAACCUAUUGUAACAACAAUCUGUGUUCAAAAAGUCUGCGAGUGGUCUCAGUGGAUUGAUGGAAGCUAUCCUGGUUCAGAAAGUGACAGUGGAGAUUUUGACACAUAUGAUAAUCUUAGAGCCAAAGGAUACCACAUUUGUAUUCACCCAGAAGAUAUAGAAUGCAGAGCUGAAAGGUUCCCCGAUACUCCACUAAGUGAAUUGGAGCAGAAUAUCGAGUGCAAUGCUUCCCUUGGACUGCUAUGCUACAAUAAGGAUCAACUGCCACCUAUUUGCUACAACUAUGAGAUUCGGGUCAAAUGCUGUGAAAUUAGGCCAUGUGGCUUCAAAACUUCAGCUCCCACCACAAUCACGCACCCUACUACUACCAUAACAAUUAAAUCCACCACUACACUUACUACACCUAAACCUUCAGCCCCAACCACAAUAGAAACCACUCCAACCACCCCAAUAGAAUCUUCACCUACUUCUCACUGCAAACCACAGUGCAAAUGGACUGAUUGGAUUGAUAUUGGUCUGCCAGGUGUGGGGGAAGGUAAAGGUGAUUUUGAAACCUAUGACAAAAUCCGUGCAGAAGGAAUACAUAUUUGUAAGAAGCCAGAUAGUAUUCAGUGUAGAGCAGAGAAAUAUCCUGAUACUGCUAUUGAUCGCAUUGGUCAGGUUGUUCAGUGUGAUCUAACAUUUGGGCUUGUUUGCAAAAAUGAAGAGCAAAAAAAUGAUUUUAAAGAGUGUUUGAACUACCAAGUGAAAGUACUUUGUUGUGAUGAUUAUAGUCAUUGUUCACCAACAACCACAUCAUCUGUACCUACAACCACAAAAUUUAUACCUACCCAUUCAAUCACCACUCCUGUUCCAACAACAACCUCAACAGAAACUACCACAUCUACAACAGAGACAACCACAACUCCAACCACAACUACAACAGAGACAACCACAACUCCAACCACAACUACAACAGAGACAACCACAACUCCAACCACAACUACAACGGAGACAACCACAACUACAACAGGGACAACCACAACUCCAACCACAACUACAACAGAGACAACCACAACUCCAACCACAACUACAACAGAGACAACCACAACUCCAACCACAACUACAACAGAGACAACUCCAACCACAACUACAACAGAGACAACCACAACUCCAACCACAACUACAACAGAGACAACCACAACUACAACCACAACUACAACCGAAACAACAACUCCAACCACAACAGAGACAACCACAUCUCCAACCACAACUACAACAGAGACAACCACAACUCCAACCACAACUACAACAGAGACAACCACAACUCCAACCACAACUCCAACCGAAACAACCACAACUCCAACCACAACAACAACAGAGACAACAACAAUUUCAACCACAACUACAACAGAGACAGCCACAACUCCAACUACAACAGAGACAACCACAACUCCAACCACAACGACAACAGAGACAACCACAACUACAACAGAGACAACCACAACUCCAACCACAACUACAACAGAAACAACUCCAACUACAACAGAGACAACUCCAACAACAACAGAGACAACCACAACUACAACAGAGACAACCACAACUCCAACCACAACUACAACAGAGACAACCACAACUCCAACCACAACUACAACAGAGACAACCACAACUCCAACCACAACUACAACAGAGACAACCACAACUCCAACCACAACUACAACAGAGACAACAACAGAAACUACAACGCAAAGCACAACUACAACAGCAGAAACUUCAACUCCCUUUCCCUGUGAACCACAAUGCAAAUGGACUGAUUGGAUUGACGUUGAUGAGCCAAGCAAAAGCAAAGGCGAUUUUGAAACAUAUGAUAAUAUCCGUGCAGCAGGAAAAAAUAUUUGUAAGAAGCCUGAUGAUAUUCAGUGUAGAGCAGAAAAGUACCCAGAAAUGCCUAUUGAAAACAUUGGUCAGAUUGUCCAGUGUAAUAUAACAGUUGGCCUUGUUUGCAAAAUUGAAGAUCAAGAAAGUAAUCUUAAAGAAUGUCUUAACUACGAAGUGAAAGUACUCUGUUGUGAUGAUUAUAGUCAUUGUCCACCAUCAACCACUCCACAUGGGAUUACGACUACAACUUCAACCACAACAGAAACUACAACUCCAACAACAACCACAACAACAAUCAUACCAGACACUACAACCACUACGGAAACAACCACAACUCCAACAAUCAUACCAGGCACUACAACCACUACAGAAACAACCACAACUCCAACAAUCAUACCAGGCACUAAAACCACUACAGAAACAACCACAACUCCAACAAUCAUACCAGGCACUACAACCACUACAGAAACAACCACAACUCCAACAAUCAUACCAGGCACUACAACCACAACUCCAACAAUCAUACCAGACACUACAACCACUACAGAAACAACCACAACUCCAAAAAUCAUACCAGGCACUACAACCACUACAGAAACGCCCACAACUCCAUUCACAACCACAACAGAAACUACAACAACAACCACAACAACAAUCAUACCAGACACUACAACCACUACAGAAACAACCACAACUCCAACCACAACUACAACAGAGACAACCACAACUCCAACCACAACUACAACAGAGACAACCACAACCACAACUCCAACCACAACUACAACAGAGACAACAACAGAAACUACAACGCAAAGCACAACUACAACAGCAGAAACUUCAACUCCCUUUCCCUGUGAACCACAAUGCAAAUGGACUGAUUGGAUUGACGUUGAUGAGCCAAGCAAAAGCAAAGGCGAUUUUGAAACAUAUGAUAAUAUCCGUGCAGCAGGAAAAAAUAUUUGUAAGAAGCCUGAUGAUAUUCAGUGUAGAGCAGAAAAGUACCCAGAAAUGCCUAUUGAAAACAUUGGUCAGAUUGUCCAGUGUAAUAUAACAGUUGGCCUUGUUUGCAAAAUUGAAGAUCAAGAAAGUAAUCUUAAAGAAUGUCUUAACUACGAAGUGAAAGUACUCUGUUGUGAUGAUUAUAGUCAUUGUCCACCAUCAACCACUCCACAUGGGAUUACGACUACAACUUCAACCACAACAGAAACUACAACUCCAACAACAACCACAACAACAAUCAUACCAGACACUACAACCACUACGGAAACAACCACAACUCCAACAAUCAUACCAGGCACUACAACCACUACAGAAACAACCACAACUCCAACAAUCAUACCAGGCACUACAACCACUACAGAAACAACCACAACUCCAACAAUCAUACCAGGCACUACAACCACUACAGAAACAACCACAACUCCAACAAUCAUACCAGGCACUACAACCACUACAGAAACAACCACAACUCCAACAAUCAUACCAGGCACUACAACCACUACAGAAACGCCCACAACUCCAUUCACAACCACAACAGAAACUACAACAACAACCACAACAACAAUCAUACCAGACACUACAACCACUACAGAAACAACCACAACUCCAACAAUCAUACCAGGCACUACAACCACUACAGAAACAACCACAACUCCAACAAUCAUACCAGGCACUACAACCACUACAGAAACAACCACAACUCCAACAACCACAACUCCAUUCACAACCACAACAGAAACUACAACUCCAACAACAACCACAACUCCAACAAUCAUACCAGACACUACAACCACUACAGAAACAACUCCAACAAUCAUACCAGGCACUACAACCACUACAGAAACAACCACAACUCCAACAAUCAUACCAGGCACUACAACCACUACAGAAACGCCCACAACUCCAUUCACAACCACAACAGAAACUACAACUCCAACAACAACCACAACAACAAUCAUACCAGACAUUACAACCACUACAGAAACAACGACAACUCCAACAAUCAUACCAGGCACUACAACCACUACAGAAACGCCCACAACUCCAUUCACAACCACAACAGAAACAACAACUCCAACAACAACCACAACAACAAUCAUACCAGACACUACAACCACUACAGAAACAACGACAACUCCAACAAUCAUACCAGGCACUACAACCACUACAGAAACAACCACAACUCCAACAAUCAUACCAGCCACUACAACCACUACAGAAACGCCCACAACUCCAUUCACAACCACAACAGAAACUUCAACUCCAACAACCACCACAACAACAAUCAUACCAGACACUACUACAACCACGGAAACAACAUCAGCAACAAUUCAUACUACUCAAUGCUUCUGUCAAGUUGAUGAUGCUUUCUUUUCACCAGGAGAAAUGAUUUACAGCAAGAUGGAUCAUGAAGGAUGCCAUUUUUAUGCAAUGUGCAAUGAUCUGUGUGAAGCUGAAAGAUUCCAGGGACCCUGUUCACCAACUACUACAGCUACACCAAAAUUUACUACUACCGUUACUACAAAAAAGACUACUACAGAAAUAGCAUCAACAGCCUUUACUGGUUGUCAACCUGAUAAAAAGCCUAAUGAGUCUUGGAAGAUUAACAACUGCACAACGGCCACAUGUCUUGGGCACAAUGUCAUAACUUAUGAUUCGGUCAAAUGUCCAGAAGUGAAAGAGAUAACCUGUGAUAAUAGUUUCCCACCAGUCAAAGUCUUCAGUCAAGAUGGCUGCUGCUUCCAUUAUGAAUGUCAAUGUGUCUGCAGUGGGUGGGGAGACCCUCAUUAUAUCACCUUUGAUGGAAUCUACUACACAUUCCUAGAAAACUGCACCUAUGUCCUUGUGCAACAAAUCACACCAAAAUACGAUAAUUUCCGUGUCCUGGUCGAUAACUAUUUCUGUGAUGCUUUAGAUGGCUUGUCCUGUCCACAGUCUAUUAUGGCAUACUACAAAAACAACGAGGUGUUGCUUACACGUAUGAUGUUUGAAGGAAAUAUGAGAAAUAGGAUCCGGUUCAAUAAAGCCUGGACAACGCCCGGCUUCACCACCGAUGGAAUUACUGUUACCAGCGCUGGUAUAAAAAUGAUUGUGGAAAUCCCUGAAAUCGGUGCUUAUAUCUCAUUUAGCGGAAUGAACUUUGUGGUUAAUCUUCCGUACAGCAAGUUUGGUUACAAUACAGAAGGCCAAUGUGGUGUCUGCUCCAACAACCGUAGUGACGAAUGUAGACUGCCAGAUGGAAAGGUUGUGCAAGACUGCAGCCAAAUGGCUAAUCACUGGAAAGUGAAAGUGCCUGAGAAACCAUACUGCAACAUCCCACCACCAACAGUUCCACCAAGUAAGGCUCCUCCAGUGCCAACCACCACCUGUCCUCCUUCUUCUCUCUGUGAUGUCAUCUUGAGCGAGGUCUUUGCUGAAUGCCACAACGUCAUUCCUCCAACGCCUUACCAUGAAGGCUGUGUCUAUGAUGCCUGUCGGGUUCGAAAUCAUUCUGUGGAAUGUGCCAGUUUAGAGGUCUAUGCUUCCCUGUGUAUUUCCAAUGGAGUGUGCGUUGACUGGAGGGAAAAGACACAUGGCCGUUGCCCAUACGAUUGUCCUGCCGAAAAGGUCUAUAAUGCUUGUGGCCCAGUCCAUCCAACCACUUGUGAACAGAAUGAUAUAAACAAGGUCAGUGAUUAUGAGACUGAAGGCUGCUAUUGUCCAAAAGGAACGGUCCUCUACAACUCUUUCAGUGGCAUCUGUGUUCCACAAAAAUGUGAAGUUUGCCCCGGACCCGAUGGAACCCCAAUGAAUGUUGGAGAUUCCUGGACUAGUGGCUGCAACAAAUGCACAUGUCAGAAAACACCUCUUUCUACCAAAUGUGAGCCACUGCCAUGUAGUGAACCUGAAACGGAAACCUGUGACAAAGAUGGUUUUGUACCUGAGGAAGUGUUUGACCCAAGUGAACCGUGUUGCAAGAAGUACAAAUGCAUGUGCAAGCCUAGCAAUUGCUUGAAUGAUGUAAAGAGCUGUCCCCUUGGGUUUGAAGCAAUUUCGACCAUAAUGGAAGGAGAUUGCUGUCCUUCAUUCGAUUGCAAACCCAUGGAUGUCUGUGUUGUGGAUGACAUUACAUACAAGCCUGGGUCCACUAUUCCAAAGGCCAAAGGCUCCUGUGAUAGCUGUGAGUGCACAGAUGAAAAGGACACCAGAACAUCUCUAAAUAAGGUCAAGUGUACGCCAACUGAGUGCAAUGAAGACUGUAGCAAGGGUCACCAAUACACAGAGGUGGAGGGUGAAUGUUGUGGAAAAUGUGAGCAAGUGGAAUGCAUAAUGACAGAGGACAAUACAACUAUUGUUAUCAAGCCUGGGGAUAUCUGGACAUCACCCGAUGAGCCCUGUAUUCAACAUGAAUGUCAUAUAAUCGAAGACCAGUUUGUUCCCGUCACACUGAAGAAAACAUGUGACUGCCCACUUGGAUAUCAAUUCAAGGCUAUACCUGAAAAGUGCUGUAACUGCAUUGCAACAGAAUGUUCAAUUACAAUGAGUGACAACACAACUAAACUCCUACAGCCUGGCGAGUCUAUGCCUUCACCGGAGGACAAGUGCAAAUCCUUCUACUGUACACAUGAUUAUGAAGUGAUAUACCAGCAGGACAAAUGUACCAUCACUGAACCACAACAAUGUCUAGAGGGGUAUGAAUACCAAAAACCUGUUGAUGGCGACUGUUGUGGAACAUGUAAACAAGUGGCAUGUGUUAUGAAAACAGGUGAUAACUCCACUAAAGUCUUAAAGCCUGGCGAGACCUACACUCCAGAAGAUGAAAAGUGCAUCUCCUAUACAUGUACAUUAGACUUUAACCUGGAACACCUUAAGGAGAAAUGCGCCUAUACUGAACAAUCUGAUUGUCCAGAGGGUUAUACAUAUGAGAAACAAGAAGACGAAUGCUGUGGGAAAUGUGUGCAGGUGGCUUGUGUUAUAAAGAUGGAAGAUGAAAAAACCCAAAUAUUAAAGCCUGGUGAUGUCUGGACACAACCCGAUGAGCCCUGUAUUCAACAUGAAUGUCAUAUAAUUGAAGACCAGUUUGUUCCCGUCACACUGAAGAAAACAUGUGACUGCCCACUUGGAUAUGAAUACAAGGCUAUUCCUGGGAAGUGCUGUAACUGCAUUGCAACAGAAUGUUCAAUUACAAUGAGUGACAACACAACUAAACUCCUACAGCCUGGCGAGUCUAUCCCUUCACCGGAGGACAAGUGCAAAUCCUUCUACUGUACACAUGAUUAUGAAGUGAUAUACCAGCAGGACAAAUGUACCAUCACUGAACCACAACAAUGUCUAGAGACACAAGAAUAUGAAAAAGAAGAAGGCGCUUGCUGUGGAAUCUGUAAAACUGUGGCAUGUUCUGUGAAGAUGAAUAAUAACACUGCUAUUGUUGUAAAGCCUGGUGAGACCUACACUCCAGAAGAUAAUAAGUGCAUCUCCUAUAAAUGUUCAUUAGACUAUGAGGUGGAAAACCAUAUGGAGAAAUGCUCCUAUACUGAACAGUCUGAUUGUCCAGAGGGGUCUACAUAUGAGAAACUAGAAGAUGAAUGCUGUGGGAAAUGUGUGCAGGUGGCUUGCGUUAUAAAGAUGGAAGAUGAAAAGACCCAAAUAUUAAAGCCUGGGGAUAUCUGGACACAACCCGAUGAGCCCUGUAUUCAACAUGAAUGUCAUAUAAUCGAAGACCAGUUUGUUCCCGUCACACUGAAGAAAACAUGUGACUGCCCACUUGGAUAUGAAUACAAGGCUAUUCCUGGGAAGUGCUGUAACUGCAUUGCAACAGAAUGUUCAAUUACAAUGAGUGACAACACAACUAAACUCCUACAGCCUGGCGAGUCUAUCCCUUCACCGGAGGACAAGUGCAAAUCCUUCUACUGUACACAUGAUUAUGAAGUGAUAUACCAGCAGGACAAAUGUACCAUCACUGAACCACAACAAUGUCUAGAGACUCAAGAAUAUGAAAAAGAAGAAGGCGCUUGCUGUGGAAUCUGUAAAACUGUGGCAUGUUCUGUGAAGAUGAAUAAUAACACUGCUAUUCUUGUAAAGCCUGGUGAGACCUACACUCCAGAAGAUAAUAAGUGCAUCUCCUAUAAAUGUUCAUUAGACUAUGAGGUGGAAAACCAUAUGGAGAAAUGCUCCUAUACUGAACAAUCUGAUUGUCUAGAGGGUUAUACAUAUGAGAAAGAAGAAGAUGAAUGCUGUGGGAAAUGUGUGCAGGUGGCUUGCGUUAUGAAGAUGGAAGAUGAAAAAACCCAAAUAUUAAAGCCUGGUGAUGUCUGGACACAACCCGAUGAGCCCUGUAUUCAACAUGAAUGUCAUAUAAUUGAAGACCAGUUUGUUCCCGUCACACUGAAGAAAACAUGUGACUGCCCACUUGGAUAUGAAUACAAGGCUAUACCUGGGAAGUGCUGUAACUGCAUUGCAACAGAAUGUUCAAUUACAAUGAGUGACAACACAACUAAACUCCUACAGCCUGGCGAGUCUAUCCCUUCACCGGAGGACAAGUGCAAAUCCUUCUACUGUACACAUGAUUAUGAAGUGAUAUACCAGCAGGACAAAUGUACCAUCACUGAACCACAACAAUGUCUAGAGGGGUAUGAAUACCAAAAACCUGUUGAUGGCGACUGUUGUGGAACAUGUAAACAAGUGGCAUGUGUUAUGAAAACAGGUGAUAACUCCACUAACGUCUUAAAGCCUGGUGAGACCUACACUCCAGAAGAUGAAAAGUGCAUCUCCUAUAAAUGUACAUUAGACUUUAACCUGGAAAACCUUAAGGAGAAAUGCGCCUAUACUGAACAAGAAGAUUGUACAGAGGGGACUGAAUACCAAAAACCUGUUGAUGGCGACUGUUGCGGAAAAUGUAUACCAGUGGCAUGUGUCAUGAAAAUGAGUGAUAGCUCCACUAAAGUCUUGAAGCCUGGAGAGACCUACACACCUGAAGAAGAUGAAUGCACCACUUACAUAUGUAAAUCAGACUAUGAACUAGAAACACAUAAGGAAAAAUGUCCCAUCACAAAACAAUCAGAUUGCUUAGAGGGAUACAAAUAUGAAAAGAAGGUGGGUGACUGCUGUGGAACAUGUGUACAAGUGGCAUGUGUAAUGAAGAUGGAUGACAACACAACUAAAGUCCUUAAGCCUGGAGAGACCUACAUUCCUAAAGAAGACAAAUGCACCGCUUAUGUAUGUAAACCAGACCUUUUACUGGAAACACUGACGGAGAAAUGUCCCAUCAUAGAACCAUGCUUUGAUGGACAAGAAUACCAACGAAUGGAGAGUUCCUGCUGUCCAAUAUGUCCUACACCUAUAGGAUGUGUAAUGAAGAUGUAUGACAACACAACCAAAUUCCUAAAGCCUGGAGAGAUCUACACACCUGAAGAAGACAAAUGUAUCUCCUAUGUAUGUAAACCAGACUUUGAACUAGAAACACUUAAGGAGAAAUGUCCUAUCACAGAUCGAUCAGAUUGCUCAGAGGGAUACGAAUAUGAAAAGAAGGUGGGUGACUGCUGUGGAACAUGUGUACAAGUGGCAUGUGUAAUGAAGAUGGAUGACAACACAACCAAAUUCCUAAAGCCUGGAGAGACCUACACACCUGAAGAUGACAAAUGUAUCUCCUAUACAUGUAAACCAGAUUUUGAACUGGAAACACUUAAGGAGAAAUGUCGCAUUACAGAUCAAUCAGAUUGCUUAGAGGGAUACGAAUAUGAAAAGAAGGUGGGUGACUGCUGUGGAACAUGUGUACAAGUGGCAUGUGUAAUGAAGAUGGAUGACAACACAACCAAACUGCUAAAGCCUGGAGAGACCUACACACCUAAAGAAGACAAAUGCGCCACUUAUAUAUGUAAACCAGACUUUUUACUGGAAACACAGACGGAGAAAUGUCCCAUCAUAGAACCAUGCUUUGAUGGACAAGAAUACCAACGAGUGGAGAGUUCCUGCUGUCCAAUAUGUCCUAUACCUGUGGCAUGUGUAAUGAAGAUGUAUGACAACACAACCAAAUUGCUAAAGCCUGGAGAGAUCUACACACCUGAAGAAGACAAAUGUAUCUCCUAUGAAUGUAAAUCAGACUUUGAACUGAAAACACUUAUGGAGAAAUGUCCCAUCACAAAACAAUCAGAUUGCUUAGAGGGAUACGAAUAUGAAAAGAAGGUGGGUGACUGCUGUGGAACAUGUGUACAAGUGGCAUGUGUAAUGAAGAUGAAUGACAACACAACCAAAUUCCUAAAGCCUGGAGAGACCUACACACCUGAAGAAGACAAAUGUAUCUCCUAUACAUGUAAACCAGAUUUUGAACUGGAAAUACUUAAGGAGAAAUGUCGCAUUACAGAUCAAUCAGAUUGCUUAGAGGGAUACGAAUAUGAAAAGAAGGCGGGUGACUGCUGUGGAACAUGUGUACAAGUGGCAUGUGUAAUGAAGAUGAAUGACAACACAACCAAAUUCCUAAAGCCUGGAGAGACCUACACACCUAAAGAAGACAAAUGCGCCACUUAUAUAUGUAAACAAGACUUUUUACUGGAAACACUGACGGAGAAAUGUCCCAUCAUAGAACCAUGCUUUGAUGGACAAGAAUACCAACGAGUGGAGAGUUCCUGCUGUCCAAUAUGUCCUAUACCUAUGGCAUGUGUAAUGAAGAUGUAUGACAACACAACCAAAUUGCUAAAGCCUGGAGAGAUCUACACACCUGAAUAUGACAAAUGUAUCUCCUAUGAAUGUAAAUCAGACUUUGAACUGGAAAUACUUAAGGAGAAAUGUCCCAUCACAGAUCAAUCAGAUUGCUUAGAGGGAUACGAAUAUGAAAAGAAGGCGGGUGACUGCUGUGGAACAUGUGUACAAGUGGCAUGUGUAAUGAAGAUGGAUGACAACACAACCAAAGUCCUAAAGAAUGGAGAGACCUACACACCUGAAUAUGACAAAUGUAUCUCCUAUACAUGUAAACCAGAUUUUGAACUAGAAACACUUAAGGAGAAAUGUCGCAUUACAGAUCAAUCAGAUUGCUUAGAGGGAUACAAAUAUGAAAGGAAGGUGGGUGACUGCUGUGGAACAUGUGUACACGUGGCAUGUGUAAUGAAGAUGGAUGACAACACAACCAAAUUGCUAAAGCCUGGAGAGACCUACACACCUGAAGAUGACAAAUGCGUCUCCUAUGAAUGUAAAUCAGACUUUGAACUGAAAACACUUAUGGAGAAAUGUCCCAUCACAAAACAAUCAGAUUGCUUAGAGGGAUACAAAUAUGAAAAGAAGGUGGGUGACUGCUGUGGAACAUGUGUACAAGUGGCAUGUGUAAUGAAGAUGGAUGACAACACAACCAAAUUGCUAAAGCCUGGAGAGAUCUACACACCUGAAGAAGACAAAUGCGUCUCCUAUGAAUGUAAACCAGACUUUGAACUAGAAACACUUAAGGAGAAAUGUCCCAUCACAAAACAAUCAGAUUGCUUAGAGGGAUACAAAUAUGAAAAGAAGGUGGGUGACUGCUGUGGAACAUGUGUACAAGUGGCAUGUGUAAUGAAGAUGGAUGACAACACAACCAAAUUCCUAAAGCCUGGAGAGACCUAUACACCAGAAAGUGACAAGUGCAUCUCCUAUAAUUGUUCGACUACUUAUGAUGUCAUAAAACUAAUGGAAUCCUGUCCUGCUUUUGAUGCAAAAGAAUGCAAAGAGAACAAGGGUACCAUAAAGACAACAGCAAAUGGCUGCUGCAAGAUUUGUGAACUUCCAAGCACAAAGACUGCAUGCCUUGUCAAUAAAGAGAGCAAGUUCAUCACAUACGGAACCUGCGAGUCUGAGCAGAAAGUGGAAAUGACCUACUGUGAAGGAACCUGCAAUACCAAAUCAAUUUACUCUGACAAUUCCAAUUCGAUGGAACAUACAUGCAGUUGUUGCCAGGAGAUGAAGACUAGCCAACGGCAAGUUGAUCUGAAAUGCAGUGAUGGAAGCAAAUCAGUGUACUCUUACACCUAUGUAGAGGAGUGUGGCUGCACAAGCACGGAAUGCCAGGAUAAUACUCAGCAGUCGAAGAAGAAGUUCUAAUCCAAACUGAACGUUAACAACAGCAAAGAAUUAAGAAUUGUAUCUUCCAUGACUCUUUGUCAAUCUGGAAAACACAACCGGUUAAUUGUCUUUUAAUGAUGCCUUUAUUGUAUUUGUCUGUUCUUAGCAUUGCUUUUUCCUCUGAAUGUAAGUACAUACCAUAUAACCUAUUACUUUACACUGCCAUUACUUUACACUGUUUCUUUUGUUUGCCAAAGUAAUCAUUUAGAGCAAGCCUUUAUUUCCUCUUUACAUUUCUAUCUUUAUGUAACUUUAAGACACACAUACGAUUUGUAGGAAACUAAACAGCCAUUUUUCCCUUCUAUGGGUGACUAUCUAAACUGAAUAAGCACAUACAAUUAUCCAGCACUUAAACCCUGAUACUGAUUAAAUAUGACACUCUGCACUAAAUCAAGGGGAAAAAAGUCAUAUUUGAGUAAAUCUGGAUUUAACCAGUAAGUAAAAAAAAUGAAGGACUGUAAACUUAUUUUAUUCUUUAAUUUAACGUGUUUUCAGAACGUAUUUCUGUGUUCUGGGGCAGGGAAUGAUUUCAGCUAUUUAUUUGUCUGAACAAGUGAUUAUAUGACCUGUGUACUUAUAUCACAUCCACGCAUCUUUGUGUUGUGUUUUACAGCUCCAGAGGACAACAUGAUUUAUAUAUAGAUUAAAACUCUUUUUUAGCAUUUUAA